UUUGUGUGUCCUGUUUGUUAAAGGCAUGCGGGCUACAGCAUUCAAGAGAGCCGGUCGUUAACAAAGGGAAAGAGAUAAAUGUAAAUAAGCUCACAUUUUCAGAAUGAGCGGUUUGCAGUGAGAAGCUGCGGCAACUCGGAGUCUGCUACUUUGGGUUGGGCUAACCUUUCCCUGUUAAAAAAAAAAAAAAAGAAAAAAGAAAAAAAUGGGUAAAAAUAUGCACUUCCAAAGUGCGAGUUGCCCGUUUACAUGUUUAUUAAAUAAUUGUCUACAGGCAUGAGCACAUUCUCUCAUCUAGCACACUCUUUCUUAGGGAAUACAGGUAUCUGGAAGAGUGUGAAACUAUGAAUGCUCCUUAAUAUUAAGUACUCAUUGGAAGAAACCCUUAACUACAGUGCCUCCAGAAAGUUCAUUGUUUAUUCAAGUGUUGGAUAAAAUUGGUGCCAGAAUUUGAUUUGAACUAAUGUGGAGGAAAACAUUACCUACCAGUGCCCUAGUCUCAGAGUGGUGAACCCCUGCAACCAGCAGGCCUCUUGAAAAAAAAAUCCAUGGGUGACAGAAGAUUCAUUGACUUCCAAUUCCAAGAUUUAAAUUCAAGCCUCAGACCCAGGUUGGGCAAUGCUACUGCCAAUAAUACUUGUAUUGUUGAUGAUUCCUUCAAGUAUAAUCUGAAUGGUGCUGUCUACAGUGUUGCAUUCAUCCUGGGUCUGAUAACCAACAGUGCCUCUCUGUUUGUCUUCUGUUUCCGCAUGAAAAUGAGAAGUGAGACCGCUAUUUUUAUCACCAAUCUGGCCCUCUCUGAUUUGCUCUUUGUCUGUACUCUACCUUUCAAAAUAUUUUACAACUUUAACCGCCACUGGCCUUUUGGUGACACCCUCUGCAAGAUCUCUGGGACUGCAUUUCUCACCAACAUCUAUGGGAGCAUGCUCUUCCUUACCUGUAUUAGUGUGGAUCGUUUCCUGGCCAUUGUCUAUCCCUUCCGAUCUCGUACCAUUAGAACUAGGAAGAAUUCUGCCAUUGUAUGUGCCGGAGUCUGGAUCUUAGUCCUCAGUGGUGGUAUUUCAGCUUCUUUGUUCUCCACCACUAAUGUCAACAAUGCAGCCACCACCUGCUUUGAAGGCUUCUCCAAACGUGUUUGGAAGACUUAUCUGUCCAAGAUCACCAUAUUUAUUGAAGUUGUUGGGUUCAUCAUUCCUCUGAUAUUGAAUGUCUCUUGUUCUUCUGUGGUGUUGAGAACCCUCCGCAAGCCUGCUACUCUGUCUCAAAUUGGGACCAAUAAGAAAAAAGUGCUGAAGAUGAUCACAGUGCAUAUGGCAGUCUUUGUGGUAUGCUUCGUACCCUACAACUCUGUCCUCUUUCUGUAUGCCCUGGUGCGUUCCCAAGCCAUUACUAAUUGCUUAUUGGAAAGAUUUGCAAAGAUCAUGUAUCCAAUCACCUUGUGCCUUGCAACUCUGAACUGUUGCUUUGACCCUUUCAUCUAUUACUUCACCCUUGAGUCCUUUCAGAAGUCCCUCUAUAUCAACAGUCAUAUUAGGAUGGAAUCCCUGUUUAAGACCGAAACACCUCUGACCACAAAACCUUCCCUUCCAGCUAUUCAAGAAGAUGUUAGUGAUCAAGUAACAAAUCAUGGUGGUGAAUUAAUACUAGAAUCCACCUUCUAAGUACAAGAACUUUCUUCAGGUUCAGAUAUGGUUUUCCCUAUGAUUUUUCCUAUGCUAUAAAUAAAAGAUUUAAAGAUAAUGAUAUUGAGAAUAGAUAAAUGUACCAAAUACAGUCAGAUACAUUUGUUUGAGCAUUUAUUGUACAUAUGCUGUUUUGUUCAGUAAUUAUAGGUCAAGUCUAAUUACAGCAACCAAAAUGGAUUGCCAAACUUUGCUGCUGGUUUGGAAUUUUAUUGUAUGACAUUAUAUAAGUAGUCAGUUACUUUGCUUUUAGUGAUAUAGAGAUUACUUUGAGACUUUUGAAAAGGCAUUUCCGUUCUAGUGAUACUUGGUAAUUAGGUUGGGCCUAUAAAUAUAGAACAAAUUCAGGGAUCAUUAAAAAAAUAUUUUGUAUUACUACUGACAUAUGCUAGUCUUUUUUUUCUUUUUUGAAUCAUCAUUGAUUUUAUUUUAUCAGAGGAAGAUAUUUUAGCUAAACGUUAUUAAUAAGAAAGUUAUUGAAUUUAAAAGAGCUGGCAAAAUUUGUUAUGUGAAUUUUGAAAACAGAAAAGAAGUUGUGUUUAUGUGAAUGUGGGUGAGAAGAAAUAGAAAAUUAACAAGAUUUACACAUUUCCAAUCACCAUGUCAGUUUUUAAAACUUUUUUUUAUACUGCAUUAAGCUUUUUAUGUGAAACUACAAACCAGAACGCUGCUAAACAUGUGCCUAGCAGGUGCAAAAUAGAUAAUCACAUAAAAUAAAAUGUCAACCAAAAAAACCUAAGCAAAACCACUGUUUUCCUUUUCUUAAAAUUUUUAAUUAUCUUUCUUUUGGAGGAUUGAAUUCUAUAAAAUAUUUAUUCUCCAUAUGAAAUUUUGGAGCACAGUGCAAACAGAAGGCUACUGAAUUUGUGCCCAGGUCAGGAGCAAAUUGAAAAAAUAAAGCAACGACAAAAAAAAAAAAA